AUAGCCUAUUGUUGUUGCAAAGACGGCAGAAAAGCAUUGGUAAAUCUGAAGAAGAAAGAAUCGUCAGUUGAGUUGAGUUGAGAGUUCAGUUGGGGUUUUGGCGAUGGAGCAGAUGAAAUUCGCGGAGGAGCUCGUCCGAGAGUUCCUCGUCUUCAGAGGAUUCACCAAUGCUCUACAGGCCUUCGACAACGAGCUUGCAACCGACAUCGGCAAGGGAUUUCAGGUCGACAAGAUAUUAGACCUCAUUUUCUCCGUUUACAUCCCCAAAUUCCAGGCCGAUAACCUCCUCGAUUUGCUCCUUUUUUUUCGAAACUGCUUCACCUACCACGAUUCGAGUCUGAUUUCCGUGAUUUCGAAGCUGGACCAGUCCAUUCUGCGUUAUUACAUCGUCAAUGCGCUCAAAAGUGGGAGGAAGGACAAGGUGUUGGAAUUUUUUGCGGUUUACGGCAAUGAUUUGCUGCGUAGAGACGAUAGUUGGACCUCCUGGUUUGCGAUUCCGUAUUUGCAGAAUCCGCAUUUGGAUCCGCAGUUUCGAGUGUAUUUCUCAGACGAGUGGUUUCGUGCUCUACACCUUUCGAUUAGGAAUUUCUUGAGUGAGAUGCUAAAUGGUACCCGUACCCCUGCCAUAUUGAAGAUCAGUCGUGAAAGGGAUACAGUGAACAAUCUUAAGAAAGAGAUUAAGCAACUUAACCUCAAGCUAUCACAACUUCAGGCUUUGUUGGAGGAAAAAGAUGCACUGUUGCGGCUGUCAAGGAGCGCUGCAGGGGAAGCUAUGUUUUCAUCUAGAUUACCCCACAAAACAGAUAGGAACCCCAUGCUACAAACGGAAGGAGAGUUUUCUCGUAAUCAGGAUGGCAUUCAAGUGAUGGAGUCUCAUGUUUCAAGAGCUAAAUAUAAUGAUCAUUCCGAUGAGAGUAGUAUUAUUAGUGAGACUCGCCAAUCUUUAGCAGACAACCCUGUUGUUGGUGGUUAUGAUUUAGAGAAUGAAGAAAAUUUUCCAGAAGUAAAGGCAGUGUUUCAGGAUUCAUUCUUAGGCCACACAAGCCCAAUCAGUCGUAGCCGCUUUUCUGCGUCAGGGGACAAUAUUGCUAGUGCUUCAGUUGAUGGUACCGUUAGGAUAUGGACCUAUGAUUCUUCAGCGCCAACUUCUCGAAAUGCAACCAUCUAUUGUGGAGCUGAGAUCAUGUCUCUUGAGUGGGACUGCAAAUCUGAUCGUUUGCUGCUGAUAGGGACUUCUAAUGGAGGUAUUAAAGCAUGGAAUGUAGAUGCUAAGCGAGUUGUGUGCGAUCUCAACUUAACCGGAGCUCCAAGCAUUUUGGAUUUGAAAUGCAGCCCUGUGGAAUCUAUAUUUGUCUCUGCCGCAACAUCAAGGAGGCAAGGAACCGGUUAUUUUGACAACUUGGGGUUUGCUUCAUUAACCGUCUGGAACAUGAGGACAUGGAAAGCUUUGACAGUCCUCCCUCUUGGUGAAGAUCCGCCAGCAAUAACCUCGUUGAGUUUCAAUCACAAUGGAAAACUUUUAGCAGCCGCCGCAACUGAUGGAAUGAUUCAUAUGUUUGACAUGUCUGCCGGCCAACAAGUUACUGGAUGGCCUGCUCACGAGUCGGCAAUCAGCUCAAUUCACUUUGGUCCGGACGAGACCAGCAUAUUUAGCUUGGGAAUUGAUGGAAAUAUAUUUGAAUGGAGCUUGCACAAUCAAGGCAAGGUUUUAUGGUCGAGAAACUGUAGCAGGUAUUGCAAGAAAGAGAAUUGGAGUAAUUGGAGACCUGAAAUGGCAUUAGAUGCAGAUGGGAGAAGACUAUUAGUAACAUCUUGUUCGGGAAGGGCGCCGAUAUACCAGGUGGGAGGUGAGAUGAGGGGAGGGAUGAGAACAGUUGGUCACAGUGGAUCAAUCACGACCGUCGAUUGGCAUCCGACGUUGCCCAUUUUCUUGACAGGCUCUGCCGAUCACUCUGUCAGAGGAUAGCAAUGUUUCAUCAUCAGAUGCACCUUCACCUUGGAAAGAAAUGUCAACCUCGUUCCUCAAGCGCCUGUUACCAUGAGAGCUUUUCUUUUUUGGUAUGGCGAGGCCAAGUUGUUUAAGUUUGCGAGAAACUAGAGCUGCAG